GCGACUUGGUCCGUAUCAUGGCAGCGCGCUUUGACGGAUCGUCUCGCCGUUUUUCGUUUAUCUGCGGGGAAUCGCGUACGGGGUCGCGGACGAGGCACGUAUGCGCGCGGCGAGGAUCCGUGGCAGCUGAACACUGACCGGCCGAUCCCUCUUCUGCUUCUAGAAUCUAGAAUAGGCGAUCACGAACGUUGCUGAAGGUAAACGUCGACGAAGGAUGGAUGGGCAUAUAACUCGCUGGUGCUCUGCGCCCGGUUGCAUGAUGAACAUAAAAAUAGCAAAGCGACACUUCUUCCGCUUCCCCAGAGAAAAGGACAGAUGGAUUAAAUGGAUUAAAGCAUGCAACAGAAUGGAUUUGAUGACAUUGGGUCCAGAAUGUACCAAUCGUUAUUACCGUUUGUGCCAUUUACAUUUUCAAGUAGAGAUGUUGCGCAAUUUCGAGGGGAGAGUUUAUCUCAGCAAGGAGGCUGUGCCAUCAAUUUUUUUUAAGCCCAUACAGCCAGGAGGAAGUAAAUCUCAGGACUCGUCCCAAUUAGUUUCGUUUGUAACGAUAUUCUUGAAGCCGGAGAGAAGGAACAGAAAUUCAGCGGUAGGUUUGACGACGUCGACGGACUCUCAGGUAGAUCCCAUGGAAUUCGAUGAAAGGGGUACACCUAUAGUGUCACCGUUGCAAGCAGUGAUUUGCCCGAGUACCUCCGUAAAGUAAGCAUUCGAAGAUAGAUAACUUCGCCGAUUUUUAUCUUACCUUGAUGUCAAUAUUUUGUGCUUCCGAUUGCAUUAAGGGGGGAGCCUGCUUUAGAACGCUGAAAAUAAGGUAUAUUUUACGAAUUCUUUUUGGAGAAACUAUA